GGUUGCAGUUGUAGCACAUGUGACUGCCAAGAAAAUGCCAAAUCUGCAUCGACAUGAUGCAGAAAAGUUCUUCAUUGGAAACAAAGGAGAAAAAGAACCUUUUCCCAGCAUCCAUGACCCUCCGGAGAAAGACUUGUCUGUGGUUGUUCCUGCGUAUAAUGAAGAAACCCGGUUGCCAAUUAUGAUGGAUGAGGCACUGGAAUAUCUUGAAAAGAGACAGAAGCAACGUCCGUCGUUCAAAUAUGAGGUCAUCGUUGUAGAUGAUGGAAGUUCUGAUAAAACUACACAGGUUGCCUUGAACUACUCUAAAAAGUAUGGAAGUGAUAAGGUUCGGGUGCUCACACUAGUAAAGAAUCGUGGCAAAGGUGGAGCUGUGCGGAUGGGAACGUUGGUGUCACGAGGCAGGACUGUGUUAAUGGCCGAUGCUGAUGGUGCCACCAAGUUUGAAGAUCUAAAAAAUGUCGAAGAUGGCCUUGAGAGUCUAAAACCCUGGCCGGAUAACUUGGCAAUAUCGUGCGGGUCACGAGCGCACCUAGAGGAGGAGUCUAUAGCCAAGCGUUCUAUGUUCAGGACCUUCCUUAUGUAUGGUUUUCAUUUCCUUGUCUGGUUUUUGUGUGUACGCGGAGUCAAAGACACACAAUGUGGUUUCAAACUGUUUACAAAAGAAGCUGCUGCGCGCACAUUUACAGCUCUUCAUGUUGAUCGAUGGGCGUUUGAUGUGGAGCUCCUAUAUAUAGCUCAGUGCCUGAAGAUCCCCAUUGCAGAAGUUGCAGUGAACUGGAUGGAAAUUGAAGGAUCCAAGCUGGUGCCUUUCUGGAGCUGGCUGCAGAUGGGUCAAGACCUCCUUUUUAUAAGACUACGAUAUCUAACUGGUGCCUGGAAGAUAGACACUACUGGCAAAUUAAAUUAG